AUGGAUAUGGCUAAAGGUUUUGGAAUGUCAAAACUUACUGAUUUCUUUGGAAAGAAAGAUUUUUCAACAAAAGAUCUUGAACCAAAUAAUCUUAAGGAUCUUACAAGUAAAGUUUUAAUGACUGGUGAAUUGAUUAAUGUAUUCCAAAAAAGUAAAAAUGAUUUGAUGAAUGUUGCAAAUGAUCAACAAAAAGGUGCUUUAGCUAAACUUGGAGAUGUUAAAAAUAUCUUUAUGAAUUUCAAAAAAACUAUGGAUGAAAAUCCUGGAAGUUUUACAUUACUUAAAGAUAACUGGAAAGGUGUUGUUGAGCAAGUAUUUAAAGCAAACAAUCUUCAAGUUCUUAUUCCAUUACUUGGAAAAAUUAAUUCAUCUUCAGGAACAUAUUUUGGAAUGGUAACUUUACUCUUUCCCCUUGUUGCUGCUUUCAUAUUAAGGAAUUAUUAA